AUGGCUCAUAACAAGAUCCCGCCGCGGUGGCUGAACUGUCCGCGGCGUGGCCAGCCGGUGGCAGGAAAAUUCUUACCUCUGAAGACAAUGUUAGGACCAAGAUAUGACAGUCAAGUUGCAGAAGAAAAUCGCUUCCAUCCCAGUAUGCUUUCAAAUUAUCUAAAGAGUCUAAAGGUUAAAAUGGGCUUAUUGGUGGACCUGACAAAUACUUCAAGGUUUUAUGAUAGAAACGACAUAGAAAAAGAAGGAAUCAAAUACAUAAAGCUUCAGUGUAAAGGACAUGGUGAGUGUCCUACAACUGAGAACACUGAGACAUUUAUUCGUCUGUGUGAGCGCUUUAAUGAGAGAAAUCCAUCUGAACUUAUAGGUGUUCAUUGUACCCAUGGUUUCAAUCGCACUGGCUUCCUCAUAUGUGCCUUUUUGGUGGAGAAAAUGGACUGGAGUAUUGAAGCAGCAGUUGCUACUUUUGCCCAAGCCAGGCCUCCAGGAAUCUAUAAGGGUGAUUAUUUGAAAGAACUUUUUCGUCGCUAUGGUGAUAUAGAGGAAGCACCACCACCACCUCUAUUGCCAGAUUGGUGUUUUGAGGAUGAUGAGGAUGAAGAUGAGGAUGAAGAUGGAAAAAAGGAAUCAGAACCUGGGUCAAGUACUUCCUUUGGCAAAAGGAGAAAAGAGCGGUUAAAACUGGGUGCUAUUUUCUUGGAAGGUUUAACUGUUAAAGGUGUAACUCAAGUGACAACUCAACCAAAGUUAGGAGAGGUACAGCAGAAGUGUCAUCAGUUCUGUGCUUGGGAAGGGUCUGGAUUCCCUGGAGCACAGCCUGUUUCCAUGGACAAGCAAAAUAUUAAACUUCUAGAGCAGAAGCCAUAUAAAGUAAGCUGGAAAGCAGAUGGUACUCGAUAUUACUAUUCUUUGUUGCUUGAUGUCCAGUGUCUUAAAUCAUUGCUUCAGGAAAUGAUUAUUGACAAAGUAAAUGGACAGGCUGUUCCUCGAUAUUUGAUAUAUGAUAUAAUUAAAUUCAAUGCGCAGCCGGUUGGAGAUUGUGACUUUAAUAUUCGUCUGCAGUGUAUAGAACGAGAAAUAAUAAAUCCUCGACAUGAGAAAAUGAAGACUGGUCUCAUUGACAAAACACAAGAACCAUUUAGUGUCAGAAAUAAGCCAUUUUUUGACAUCUAUACUUCAAGAAAGCUACUUGAAGGAAGUUUUGCCAAAGAAGUCAGCCAUGAAAUGGAUGGACUCAUUUUUCAGCCUGUUGGAAAAUAUAAACCAGGUCGAUGUGAUGAUAUUUUGAAAUGGAAGCCUCCUAGUCUGAAUUCUGUGGAUUUCCGCCUAAAAAUAACAAGAAUGGGAGGAGAAGGGUUGCUGCCUCAGAAUGUUGGCCUUCUCUAUGUUGGAGGUUAUGAAAGACCCUUUGCACAAAUCAAGGUGACAAAAGAACUAAAACAGUAUGACAAUAAAAUAAUAGAAUGCAAAUUUGAGAAUAACAGUUGGGUCUUCAUGAGACAGAGGACAGACAAAAGUUUUCCUAAUGCCUAUAACACUGCCAUGGCUGUGUGCAACAGCAUCUCAAACCCUGUCACCAAGGAGAUACUGUUUGAGUUCAUUGACAGAUGUGCGACAGCUUCUCAAGGACUGAAGAGAAAGCAUCACCUGGACCCUGACACAGAGCUUAUGCCACCACCACCUCCAAAAAGACCUCGUCCUUUGACCUAA